AGGCAGAGAGCCUGAAUGGUGGAGCUGAAGAUGGCGGAUGGCGACAGCGGGAGUGAGCGCGGCGGUAGCAGCGGUGGAGGUGGAGGAGGAGGAGGAGGUAGUGGUGGUGGAGGAGGUAGUGGUAGUGGCGGCGGCGGCGGCGGCGGCGGCGGCGGCAGCGGCGGCUUCCAGCACUUCCAGCGGGACCAGGAGACCCAGGAGCUGGCGUCGAAGCGCCUCGACAUCCAGAACAAGCGCUUCUAUCUGGACGUGAAGCAGAACAGCAAAGGAAGGUUCAUUAAGAUCGCUGAAGUCGGCGCCGGAGGCUCCAAGAGCCGGCUGACUCUCUCUCUGUCGGUGGCGGCGGAGUUCCGCGACUACCUCGGGGACUUCAUCGAGCACUACGCCCAGCUGGGGCCUAGCAGUCCGGAGCAGAUCGCCCAGAGCACCGCGGGAGAGGACGGCGGGCCUAGGAGAGCGCUGAAAAGCGAGUUCUUAGUCCGGGAGAACCGCAAGUACUACCUGGACUUGAAGGAGAACCAGAGAGGGAGGUUCCUUCGCAUCAGGCAGACGGUGAAUCGAGGACCAGGCUUCGGCGUUGGGGGCCCUGCGGGCGGCAUGUUGUCCGGGCAGACCAUCGCUCUGCCGGCCCAGGGGCUCAUAGAGUUCCGAGACGCCCUCGCGAAGCUAAUAGACGACUAUGGAGGAGACGACGAGGAGCUGCUGGCCGGCGGCAGUGCUGCAGCAGGCGGCUACAGCGAGCUACCAGAGGGCACCUCCAUCAUGGUGGACUCCAAGCGGUUCUUUUUCGACGUCGGGUCCAACAAAUACGGAGUGUUCCUGCGGGUGAGCGAGGUGAAGCCCAGCUACAGGAACUCUAUCACCAUCCCAUUCAAGGCUUGGGGCAAAUUCGGAGGAGCUUUCAGCAGAUAUGCAGAAGAGAUGAAGGAGAUCCAGGAGAGGCAGAGGGAUAAGAUGUACGAGAGGAGGGAUGAGUCUGAAGGAGACGACGUGGAGGACGACUGAUUUUAUUACAAAAAAUAUAAAAUAAAAAUGCAAACAGCUGUUUAGUCCAGACAGAUCUGCAACAUAGGGGUAUUUUGCAUAAAAGAAAGCAGAAAGUGCAUGACAAAUCGUGCUGUAAUAGCCUACUAAAAAGUAAUGUGGCGUUAAACAAACACAAAAAAACAAAAAAAAAGUACAUGUGCAGGGAAUUAAUGGUGUAUUAUCCUAAAAAGGUUGUAGGGUUUGAGAGGGGGUUGGAGUGUGAAAAGAAAAGUGGGGGAAAACAAGUAAUGUGUAAAUGAGAUAUAAAUCUCAUUGGAGAGAGGUAAAAAAAAAAAAGAGUGCUUUAUUGUUAAAAGAUAAAAGAAGAGAGAGAACCUACUAAAACCAGCAGAUUUGGUUUUUAUAACUAGAAAUGAAGCCAAUGAAUGCUUUCCUAUUUGCAUAGUUUAUAUUUAAAAAAAAAAAAAAAAGCUCCAAGUUUAAGGAGAAAGAGAGAAAUAGCAUCCAUUGUAUUCCUGUUCCGGUCCAGGUCUCUCCUCAGUGGGCAGAUUGUGUGUUUUUGUUUUUUUUGCAAGUCAGUCAGACGAAGAAGAGGAAUGUAUAGAAAGCUGGAUGUUUUGCAUUUGAUAUAUAUAUAUAUCAGCAGCUCACGGAGCCCUGCAGCACCACCAGCAGCAUGCAGUUAAUCGAAAAGAUUACCCAAAAUAUUAGGGGGAAGUUACUGAGAGGAUUAUCUUUUAAAGCCCAAACAACGAGGGGCCUUGCGGACUAAACUAAAGCUUUGACUCCUGUAGUCAAUUACAGUGCGGAUCAGCUGGGUUUUAUGUUAUACAUACAAUCUGAGCAGUAUUUUUUCGAAGCGUAAUUCAUAAUGUCUUCAGUAAGAUUUUACUUUCCUCACACCAGAGCAUCCCUGGUGUUUGAGAAACGACGCCAACAAGUGGGGAGAGGACUGUCUUUAGUACCCCCACCCCCAACACCUCCAACACCUCCACCACUUCCACCAAUACCAACACCAACAAACUGGACUUUUAAUGCUCCCACAUGCCUCUAUAAGGGUCCAAAUAUCUGGCAUUCGGAUGGGAGCGCUGCAUCACCGGAUACAGCCAAGCUUCUCUGACCUUCCAGCUCUGCCGGACUGCAGAGCGUCAGCGAUGAUGUUUUUUCCCAUCAGCCUCUCUGUCACGAGCAGAGCUGGACUGACGGACGGCUGUACGUCUCAACCAGCCACAGGCCGUUUCUUUCUGACGUAACAUCUUCCAAACACGUGAAGAAGACCCUGGACAGAAACAUAUUGAUGGAUGUUUUUUUUUGUUGUUGUUUUGUUUUCAAAAAGAGAACUAUAUUAAAAAUGAGAUUCUACUUAUAGGAAAAAAUAUUACCGAACAAACCAGCAAAAGAUAUUUUGAAAUACUUAUAAAGGAAAAAUGUAUUGUGUAAAGGAAUUUCAAGUCUAAAGAUAAUAAUUAUAAUAAUAAUAAAAAAAAGGUUAAUUUCUUAAAACAAAAGUUGUGACCCAAUCCUCCAGAUUAUUUUUCAUUUUGUUUUUCCUAGAGUGAAAGUAUAACACUUCCUUAAUUAAAACAACUUUAAAUGCAA